AUGUCUUCUAAAACUAAAGCAGAGGAUGAACAGUCGUCCGAAUCAUCGUUUGUGAUUAUGUCGCUUCCCCAAGACGUCAUAGUUGACAUCACAGCGCGUGUUCGGAGAUGCGACUAUCUAACACUCUCUUUUGUCUCUAAGCACUUCCGGUCACUCGUUGAAUCGCCUGAGCUAUACGCGAGCCGAUCGGCGUUGAGCUGCACCGAACACUGUCUCUAUGUUGUCCUCUUCAAGGCUGAUGAACAACGUUUGUUUGUUCUCUUCCGUAAACCCAACGGCAGGCGUAGCUUGGUCCAUAUCCCUUGGCUUCCCACCAUGCGCAAUGGAAAGUUUGUCGCCGUGGGCUCCAAGAUAUACGUGUUCGGUGGGCUUAACUAUUACUCGAAUAUUAAUGUAAGCAUUGACUGUACAUUUCACACGGUUCAAAUCCUCCCGAGGAUGCCUAUAUCCUCGGUGAUCGCAGUCCCAGGCGUCAUUGACGGGAAAAUAUAUGUGAUUGGAAGUAACGAGAGGAAAAAGGUCAUGGUGGUGUUCAAUACAGAAACACAAAUGUGGGAGCAAGAGAUGAUAGAGAAAGGCAUGAAAGAGGUAGGUCCAAUGCGGCCUAAUCGUGUGGUGGUGAUGGGUGAUAAGAUUUACACGAGGAAUUCUGAUAGUAGUUUUGUUUACGAACCAAAAGAGAGUAAAUGGAAAAAGGACACGAAGCUGAGUUUAAAGAAGUGGGAGUAUGCGUGCGUGGUUGAUGACGUGUUGUACUAUUACGAUUCUGUUGAGAGAAAGUUCAGAACGUAUGAUCCAGAUCUUAGGUGUUGGGGAGUGGUUGAAGGUUUGAAGGAAUUAAUGGCUGAGACGAGAGUUUCAGAGUGGGCAGAGGCUGUGAGUUGUGGCGGGAAACUGGCUUUGUUUAUCCAUAAACAAGAAGGAAGAAGGAAUGAGAUUUGGUGUGCGGAGAUUUCGUUGGAAAGAAGACGAGGAGGAGAGAUUUGGGGUCAUGUUGAGUGGUGUGAUCAUGUUAUGAGUCUUGGGGAUUUUCGCUUAGAAAAACCUCUAGCUGUUACGCUUUGA